UGGACGCAGAAUUAUCGUUCCUGACACAGUACGAAGACGGUUGGGCCGUGGAUGUACUGGUUCGUAACCUGUAUUUCCGGCGUUGUAGAAUGAUAGAAUACAAGCGGAAACUGGGUUGGAGUGCACCGGUUUGGAUUCCCUAUUCCACUACAAAGUUUAUUGUCCAACAUAUCUUACAGUGUCACUAUCGCCGAAAGCUAUUUACUGGUCGUUCUCGCGCCUCUCCAGAACACCACCUGGGCGGCAGGCGUACCCGAGCGAACGCCUCGUCGCGUGUAGCUCUCCUGUCCACCCGUUUAGAUUCAGCAACACCAAGUCUUCUUCGCUUUCAUCCGGCCCUCGUCCAAGCUGGCAUCUGCACGGACGAGCACUUGCAUCAGCUAUUUCGCAUGUCGCCGACAUCGAGGGACAAAUUCAUUGUACAAGCACUAGGCAUAAGGAACUCAACCUUGUUUGAACGAGUUGUGGUGAUGGACAUUUUGGAACGGAUGAACAACGAGCAAUUGUAGUUUGUAGAUAGUGAGCUGGAAUUCUGCGGGAUGGUACAGAACCUCAACGGUGGCGCCAACCCUCUUGUAUCAUAGUAUAUAAAUACCGCGCCCGUGCGCGAGGCUGGGGAAGUCAAUUCUAAGGUGAUUGACCGCA